AAAAAAAAAUAAAAAAAAUAAGCGCAACACAAAGAGCGAUAGGGCGUAAAAUGCUGGGCAUAAAAAUUCAGGAAAAAAAUAAAUCACACACAGAUACGAGAGGAAACAGGAGUGGCAGACGUCCUCAAAUAUAUACUCACUUAGAAAUGGUAAUGGGCUGGUAACAUCUGCAAAGUGGGAGACAACAUCAGAUGAAAAAAAACGAUGCACUGAAUAGAGACCAAGAGCUGGAAAAAGAUCCAGAGGAAGACCAAAAGGAAAGUGGUAAGGUGGCAUCAGACUGCAGAUGGGUACAGCAUGGACACGAAAAAGAAAGCUAAUAAAGAAGAGUGGAGGUUACGUAUAGGGCCUAUGUGAACUUACUUUGCAAAGAAAAUAGACCAUGACCAACGACCGAAGGUCAUGCAACAGGCGUGCAUAGUGUCCAGGCCAACAUUCGACACUCGUGCACUCUCUUGUCUUUUUCUCUUGUUUUGCUUUUUUGAAGCGCGUACGACUUGAUGGUCUGCAUCACUUGAGGGCUUCUUGUGAAGAUUUAGGCGACAAAAAAUCUGGAGAUUCUUUUCGGUUUAAAAAUAGGAACAUUUCGGUUUGUAUAUAGUUUACUCAAAAAAAGAGAGAAAAAUCUUAAAGUUCAUUUUCUUUCAGGUAACCAUUAUUUUCAGAUUGACUGUGUUCAAUUUAAGCGGACUCCACUGUAUUUAUAGACACGAACAGACAGAGACCCGAAAGGUCAGAGAAUGGCGUGUGAAAAGACAGCAGAAACUGCCUCCAUUCCUUCCACCAGUCGAUGAGCUUCCAGCAGUCUCUUUGUUCUCGUCUUGUCUUUUUUCCGACUUUUAAACCCCUAUAUUGCUGAGACGUUUCCAUCUACGUAUGUACAGACAAGGCAGAAUGUUUGUUCAAGAGAGAUUAAAACAAAACCAUAAAAUAGUUCAUUUAAAUUAAGAACAAUCUACUGUAAAAGCAAUUCCAUCUUCUAAACUGUAUAUAUAGGCUAGAAGUAGAAACAAACAGCUGUGAACCAGUUUUGGAAAAUCCAAGCAAUUGAUCUGUGAACACAGCAGUCAAAAGGUUAAGCAGAUGACAAUCUGGAAGGUCGAACGACCCACUUGUUGCUGCUGGCAAGUUGGACGGUCACGUGACUAUCUGCUUCCUUCCAAGAGUGCCUGGUCUGAGAGUUGGUCAGUGGGGCGAGGACAUCCAGGCAGACAGGAAGACAGCACGAGUGCAAAAACUUGACAGCGAGCACGCACAGAAGACAGCCAGCACACUCACAACAAUCAGCCAGCACAAUCGGACGUUCAUUGCCCUCUGUUCCAAACAGCCAAUAAGAAAAAUUAUCCAAACUGCUGAAAUAUUCAUAACAUUUUGAAAGAUAUAUUGAUUUUUAAAAAUUAUUAAUAAAUGGAAACAAACGAAACAGAAGUAACAAUCAUACUUUAAGGGAAACAUAAAAAACCCAAAAGAAAGUGCAUUAUUUAUAUUCUAUUUUCUAAGGAAGGUAUUUUGUACAGACGUUGCAAAGAUGGGCGACUCCACCAGGCUCCCAAUACGUCAUGUGAUCUGGGGAGCGCGUAACGUCAUCAUCCUGGUCCUGACCCCUCUGCUGUUACUGCCACUCCCACUCUGCAUUGGAACUUCCGCGUCGAAGUGUGCCUUUGUUGUACUCAUGAUGGCUGUCUAUUGGGUCACUGAAGCUCUUCCUGUCGGAGUUACCGCCCUUAUUCCAGUGGCGUUAUUUCCCCUGUUUGAAAUCAUGCCAUCCGAACUUACUGCUUCUUACUACAUGAACAACAUGACCCUGCUAUUCACGGGUGGUCUCUGCAUGGCCAUCAGCCUAGAGUACUGGAACCUUCACAAAAGAAUCGCGCUCAAGAUUCUGCUCCUCGUAGGCACAGAGCCGAAGUGGUUGAUGCUUGGUAUGAUGUUAGCCACCUGGUUCCUGUCCAUGUGGAUCUCCAACACCGGAACUACCGCCAUGAUGGUUCCCAUCAUCACAGCCGUCCUAGAUCAGAUGAGGAAGGGGAAGAACUCCACCAUCGAGGAUGUGGAGUCGAAUGUGGCGGCGUCGGAUGACCAGGGGAAAUCUCAUGAGGUCGAUGACAAGACAAAUGGAAGCGUCGUGGAUAGCUCAAAUGCGCCACAUGUUGCCAAGAAAGAAGAAAAACCUGUCAAAAGCCAAGAGCGGUACGUAGUUGCUGGCGAAGGUGACCAGUACGAGCUGAAAAAGACAGAAAGCGAGGGGGAGAAACAUGAUAACGAUGACGCUCACAGUGAUGCCUCAGACAGCCAAGAAGACGAUCACAUGGCCCAGAUGGAGCGCGGGAUGUUGCUGUGUAUCUGCUACGCCGCCAACACUGGGGGGAUUGCAAGUCUCACCGGCACCGGCCCCAACCUGGUGCUUAAGGCCAUGGUAGACGAACUGUACCACAAGCACGACCUGCCCAGCCCUGUGUCGUUUGGGACGUGGAUGGCUGUGGGUCUACCGCUCUCCGCUGUGGUCCUCAUUGUCUGUUGGAUCUGGCUGCAGGUUGCCUUCCUGAGGUGCAGAGGGCCGUGCUGCAGCUGUUGUUCACCUGCCACAGAGAACAGCCGGAGGGUUAAAGAACUCAUCGCAGCGGAGUACCGCAAGCUGGGUCCUGUCUCACUGAGUCAGAAGAUAGUGGUGAGCCAGUUCUUGAUUCUCGUCAUUCUGUGGAUCACGCGAGACCUGGGCGGCGUGGCGGGAUGGGGGAAGAGUUUUCCAUCGGGGUCAGAAGCUGUGUGUCCCCCUUAUGGAGUGGUCCUACGUCCAACAGAAGAUGCCCUGGCACCUGCUGUUCCUUUUGGGGAGUGGAUUCGCUCUGGCCAAGGGCAGUGAGCGCUCAGGUCUGUCCUACUGGCUAGGCACACAGCUGGAGGUUUUCAAUGACGUCAACCAGUGGGCGGUCCUCUUCAUUAUCGGAUAUUUCGCCACGUUUCUCACAGAAGUGACGUCGAACUCGGCCAUCGCCAAUCUGCUCCUGCCUAUGCUGAUACAACUGGCUCUGAGGACGGGUGUCCACCCACUCAACUACAUGUUCCCGGCUGCUCUGGCGUGUUCCUUUGCCUACAUGCUUCCAGUUGCCACGCCCCCUAAUGCCAUCGUCUACGCUACUAACAAGGUCAAAAUGUCUCUGAUG